AUGAUCACGGAGCUGAUGUUGAUGCCUCAGACCUACCAACACAUCUUAGCUUUGGUUUUUGCUGUAAAGGAGAUGAACAGAAGUCCGCAGAUCUUAUCCAAUGUCACUCUGGGCUUCAACAUCUAUAAUAACUAUUUUGUUCCUAAAUAUACAUAUGCAGCUACAAUGGAAAUUCUCUCCACACCGAGCAGAUUCAUUCCAAACUAUAAAUGCGAUCUCCAGAACAAUCUGGUAGCAGUCAUUGGGGGACCAAACUCAAAUGAUUUUCUACACAUAGCAACGAUCCUCAGCAGAUACAAGAUUUCUCAGCUCGCAUAUAGCUCUGCUCCAAACAUGAAUAGCCAGUUAGAAGGUGUUUUCUUCCAUUGGAUGUUCCCAAACACCAAUCAUCAAUAUUAUGGGAUGCUCAGGCUUUUGCUGCAUUUCCGAUGGAUAUGGAUCGGGGUAUUGUAUCUUGAUUUCGGAACGGCAACAGAAACUUUGCUCUGGAAAGUGUUGCCCGUGUUUUCCAAGAAUGGUAUCUGCUUUGAUUUCAUAGAAAAGUUACCAAAUGGGUAUAUCAGUGACAUUGAUAAGAUGAUAAUGUCAGCACAAAGAAUAAUAGGCACCGCCUUGAACAGCACGGUUAAUAUAGUGCUCUUCCAUGGUGAAUUUCAGAGUAUUUUAAAUUUGUGGCUAUUGUUGAAAAUUUCAGAAUUUGAUAAUAUGUCAGAGAAAGCAAAAGUCUGGAUCAUGACAGCAGAUGGGGACUUUUCAUCUCUUCUCCUUCAAAGAAGCUGGAGUAUUCAUUUUAUGCAUGGUGCUGUAUCUUUGGCAAUUCAUUCUGAGGAAGUGUCGGGAUUCCAGAAAUUUCUUCAGAAGAGGAACCCCUUUUUGCAAAAAGAAGAUGGUUUCCUGAAAGAAAUCUGGCAGCAGGUAUUUUACUGUUUGCUGCCAUCUUUUACCAGUGAGACAGUGGAGGAGAAUAUCUGCACUGGAGAGGAGAAAUUGGAGAUGCUCCCUGAGAUGGUUUUUGAAAUGCACAUGACUGCCCACAGCUACAGUGUCUAUAAUGCUGUUUAUGCAAUUGCACAUGCUUUGCAGGCUCUGGACUCAUCCUUAGAGAUGCAAAGAUCUGUGGUGAAGAAGAAACUUCUUAAGCAACAGUUAUGGAAGGUGCAACCUCUUUCACUCUGUAAUGAAAACUGCCAUUCAGGUUACAAAAAGACCAAGAUUGAAGGAAACCCCUUUUGCUGUUAUGAUUGCACUCCAUGUCCAGAAGGGAAGAUCUCCAACCAAACAGACAUGAAUGAUUGUUUUCACUGUCCAGAAGAUCAUUAUCCCAACAAUAAUCAAGACACAUGCCUUCUAAAGUAUACAAGUUAUCUGUCUUAUGAAGAGAUGUUGGGAAUGAGCUUGGCCACCGUGGCUUUUGGCCUUUCCCUCACCACAAUUUCUGUGCUAGGAGUUUUCAGGAAGUACCACGACACUCCCAUCAUCAAGGCCAACAACCGCAGCCUGUCCUACACCCUCCUCAUCUUCCUCCUCCUCUCCUUUCUUUGUUCUCUGCUUUUCAUCGGUCGACCCAUGAGGGUGACCUGUCUCCUUCGACAGACUGCUUUUGGGAUCAUCUUCUCAGUGGCUGUUUCUUGUAUGUUGGCUAAAACCCUCACCGUGGUUCUUGCUUUCAUGGCCACCAAGCCAGGGUCAAGGAUGAGGACAUGGGUUGGGAAAACAUUAGCCCUUUCCAUUGUUCUCUCCUGUUCCUUUCUUCAAAGUACUCUUUGUGCUGUGUGGCUGGCAACCUCCCCUCCCUUUCCAGAUGCUGACAUGCUCUCCAUUUAUAGUGAAAUAAUUCUGGAAUGUAAUGAAGGGUCAGUUGCAAUGUUUUACUCUGUUUUAGGUUUUAUGGGCUUUUUGGCGUUCAUCAGUUUUAUCGCAGCUUUCCUAGCCAGGAAGCUACCAGAUACUUUCCAGGAAACCAAAUCCAUCACGUUCAGCAUGCUGGUCUUUUGCAGUGUCUGGUUGUCCUUUGUUCCCGCCUACAUGAGCAGCAAAGGAAAAUACAUGGUGGCUGCGGAGAUCUUUGCCAUCUUGGCCUCUAGUGCUGGGCUCCUGGGUUGUGUCUUUUUCCCCAAAUGCUACAUCAUCAUGGUGAGGCCUGAUCUGAACAAAAAGGAGUAUCUAAUAAAAAGAAUACACUAA